AUGGCCACGUCUUCCUUGCCCCUGCCACACAACAACGCGUCGCUGCAUCAGCAACGAUCCCCUAUCGCCCGCACCCACUCGGCCUACGCGUCGAACCCUUUCCCUCCCGUUCCCACCCACGCUCCCAGCCUCCCCAUGGCGCAGCCUCAGACAUACUAUCAGCAGCCUGCCGGCUUCGACUUUGGUCCCCAGGGUCAUCACGCACACGUCGGUGGCAGUCACGGUCCGCAUGCUGGACCGUCACACCAGCCAGCGGCAAACAACGCGCUUGUGUCCGAGGCCGGUCAGUCAACGUCCGCGCGGCCAAGACCACCUCCUUCCUCGGCAACAAUGCCACUGAUACCUUCCUCCGCCCUUCCACAUGACCCCUCUUACUCAUCGCAUCAACCAAGCCAUGCUUCACAAUCCCAAUCUCAGCCAUCUCGUGCUGCCAACCGGCGGUCUCACAAUCCCGGCGCGACGCUGAGCCAGCCGUUGAUGCCCCGUCCCGAAGAGUUGACCGACGAGUACGUUCUGCAUCCCUCAGUCUACUCUUUCAAGCAAGAGUAUCCUCGGCGGUCCAUGGUCGGUCUAGGACCAUACAUCGUCCUUCAGACGCUGGGAGAAGGAGAAUUUGGCAAGGUCAAGCUGGGUGUCCAUGCGGAUUACGGUGUCGAGGUCGCGAUCAAGUUGAUCAGGAGGGGUGAUCUCCAGGAGGAGGCCCAUGCAAGCAAAGUAGAGCGGGAAAUCAACGUGCUCAAGACGUUGAAACACCCAAACAUUGUCCGUAUGUUUGAUGUUCUUGACACGCACAAGUAUAUUGGAAUCGUCCUGGAGUUUGCCGGAGGCGGAGAGCUAUUCGAAUACAUCCUCGCCAACGAGUACCUCAAAGACGUCGAAGGCCAAAGACUCUUUGCUCAGCUUAUUUCAGGUGUUGAUUACCUUCACCAGAAGGGGGUCAUUCAUCGUGACUUGAAGCUCGAGAAUCUGUUACUAGACAAGCACAGGAAUCUCAUCAUCACCGACUUUGGCUUUGCCAACUCGUUUUCCAAGGAGGAGGGCGAUCUCAUGUCAACAAGUUGUGGCAGUCCGUGCUACGCCGCGCCAGAGCUUGUUGUUCUCGACACUCCCUACCACGGUUCUGCCGUCGACAUCUGGUCGUGUGGUGUCAUCCUGUUUGCGAUGGUCGCUGGAUACCUCCCCUACGACGACGACCCAGACAACCCUGAUGCCGGCAAUGUCGUCGAUCUUUACCGAUACAUCAUGAACACCGAGCUUCACUACCCGGAACACGUCUCGCCGCUCGGCAAAAACCUUCUCCAACACAUGCUUAUUCUACACCCCGAGCACAGAAUAAAGAUUCCCGAUAUCAUGACUCAUCCUUGGCUCAAGAAUCACCGUCACAUGUUCAACAAGAGCGUUGAAGAGUGCGAGGCGGCGUUCCAAGAGGCAAUGUACAAGAAGAGUAAACAAGCUCGGAAAGAGUUGCAAGAGAGAAGGCGCGUGCAGAUGCAGGCCAAGGAGGCUAUGCAGGCUCGAGAGAAGGCUUUUCAGCGAAGCCAGAGCAGCGCUCCUGGUACUACCAUCACUGCUGCGGCUCUCGACCAGGGUCGCCGACGCCCACACAGUGCUAUGCCUGGUGCGCCUACGAUGCCCGAGAUCAUUGCAAAGCACUCGGCGCCCAUAGCAGACGCCCACGUCCCUGCUCGGUCCGCCACGCCUUCCUCCAUUCGUGCGCCAGUCCCCGCCCCGCCUUCAGAAGCAGUUCCCAUUGCCAUCGACUCUCCCCGCAGACGUUCAGAAUCUAUGGCCCCAGGCCUUUCGUCGACAGCCCCCGCUGUUGUCUCCCCCAUUACUGCUGAGGCUCAACCUUUGAGUGCCAACGCCCCUUCACAGGACACCACUUUACCCCCCACUGCCGUCGCCCCUGUCCACCCCCAGGUGGCUCCCCGUCCGUCCAUGCGCGAGAACAAGAAUCGUCACACGAUCCAAGUCGAGUAUGAUGGCGAGGCUUCUUACGACAAGAUGCAGGAGAUGGGUUCCGAGGAGAGGCGCAUUGAGGGCUCCUCUGCUGACACUAGCGAGGGCAUGCUUGCUCCUCCUCCUCUGCCCAACCUCAAGCAAGGUGACUCGAGUGACGUGGAGAUGGAGUCUGGUUCGUCUGACAACGAGCAUAACAAGACCCCGGAGAUGGUAGAGUCCAAGAAGCCCGAAGCAGCGGUUGUGGUACCCACCACUGUCCCCCUUGCUCCUCCUGCCGAAACUGGAGUUUCUGCUCCCUCUGCGCCUUCUGCUGAUUCUCAAGCGACGUCGACAGUCACCACUCCUGCCGAGCAAAGGUCAGAUCCUCUCAGCCAAGCUGUAUCGCCGUCUACCCCUCGAGCCUCGACCUUUGCCGACAAGGAGGCGGCCAACACCACUCCCCGUGGCCCCAAGACGACCGCUGCCCCUGCCCCGAACACUCCCAAGGUCUCGCUGGCGCAAGAACCACACCGACGCCAUGGAUCCAUGCCUCCUGCACUGAGCACGACCGUGCCCGAACCAAAAGCCAACCCACAACUCAACGCGUCUGGUUUGCCCAAACCACCUCCCGCUGCCGCCCGCAAGGACAGAAGCCGGAAGGGCAUGUCGCUCGACAAGUUUGGUCUUUCCAAACUCCUGGGCCAUGCUUCUCAAGCAUCUUCUUCGGCACAGGGUGAGGGUAGGAUGGCGCCGCCCAGCGCGAGUGCUAGUGCGGUUGCUUUGCAGACACAGCUGCAGCAACAUGGCAAGCAGGAUAGACCUGUGGCCGAGACGGAUAGCGUAAAGAAGUCCCGAAGGCGUACAUUGCAGCUUAGCUUCCACAAUCGCCGCGACAGCAAGGCCCCUUCCAACAUUGCUGUUCCAGGUACUCCUCUUGGGGAUAAGGACCCGAACAGCGACAACCGAAUGCCAGCCAGCGCAGGACCCAGGGACCCGAUCAAAGACUUGCGACGCAAGACAAUCCAGCUUGGCUUCAACAGACAAACUACUCGGGAGAUCAAACCCUUGCCUUCUGCAGUCCCCGUCUCUGCCCCGCCUUAUACUGAGAGCCACCCGGACCUCGACCCUCCUCAAACUCCUCGAGAUGCGAUCAUUAACCAAGACGAGCACCCUGCUCAAAGCUCGCCAUCGAUUAUCACCAUCGAUCCUUACGCAGCUCAGCCAACUUACCCAAACCACCGUGGCUCAUCCAGCAAAGCUUCAAAGGUCAUGGAUUGGUUCCGUCGAAAGACUCUUACUAGGGACACAAUCGAUGAGCUCCGAUCCCCUGGGAUUAAGAGCGACUCGCAGUCUUCCUUUGUUCGAGUGGGCGACGCUGCUUCGCCUCAGAGGAGAAACGAGGGAUCGAAUCUGGCGAUGGCCUCGUAUGACAGUGUCAACAGGACUGAAGAGAACGUCGGAGCAUCAUCUCCGCUUGUGGAGAAGAGGGAACCGGAAGCAGGGUCUGCUGAGGAGCCAGAGGAAGAAUCCACUGCCGCUGCAGCUGCCCCAUCUGUCACGGUUACUCCUCCCCGCCCCUCUACUAGCAAGGCUCCUACUAUCAACUCUGACCACCAAUCUCCUCUGAUCGGCCGGGCUCGAUCCGCCUCCACCUAUACCUUCAACGAAACAUCGAUCCGUGUCCACACUGGCCUUGUCGACCAAUCUGCCCUUACUACCAAACCUCCUCAGGAUGUGUUCAAGGAGGUCAUGCAGGUCUUGCGUGGCAUGGGUGUUGACAUGAAGCGAGAGAGCGACUUCAAGCUGAGGUGCACCAGGGCGAAGAAGAGGGCUGCUGGUGCUCCUCCGCCUACUGGGCUUGGUAGUGUCAUGAGUACAGGAUCGGGUAUGAACCCUUUCUCUCUCAUGAACAAUGCAUCUUCCGGCAAGACCGACGCCCGUGGCCUGCCCUUGCCUACUAGCCCCUCUUUCAGCAACCGAUCCAGUGCUGGUAUCAAGGGUCUUUUGCGCCGUGGCAGUUCCAAAUCUUCCGCCCACCCGGCCCGUAUCUCUCGCGGCGAAUUCGACACUGGUACCACACCUUCGCAGUCUACACCAAACCUUGAGCUGCCUGAGCUCACUGCUAGGCCCAAGCCCGAGCCUCUGUAUGGCAAGGAGUUGAUGGAUGCCGGCGACGAAGUCAAGUUCACCGUUGAGCUAUGUAAAAUGAAGAACCUCCCCGGGCUGUACAUCCUCAAGAUCAAGAGGACCAAGGGCAAUCUCUGGUCUUUCAAAUUCAUCUAUCAAACCGUCAUCGAGCGCACUACCACCCUCACCCAUUGA